GGCAGACAUUUGACGCAAAGUGAAUACCAUAUCUGCUGUAUAUUUAAUCCAUUUAAUUGAUCCCUGAAAUUGAAGGCCCAUCUCAUGGCUCAUACACGACAUCGAGAGCGUAAAACUGAUUGGCCAGAAGUCGGACUUCGCCCACACGGGUCUCAAAGAAGAUAUGAUGACAUCCGAUAUGACGCCAGACCUCAACGGAAACUUCAAUCACCGCGAGUCCAGUCGUCAUCGCGGAGACAAUGCGGAAGAAUACCAGGGAAUGGACACCAGAAAGCAUAUCGCAAACCGGGUGUCAGACACUCAACCAUUACAACCAUCGCCGGUGACGACAACCCAAUCGAUACAGUCGUCAAAAGUGGAUGACAUGGAUAUGACAACUACUGAAGCCGUCGUCGACUCAAACAAAGAGAUAAAGAAAAUCCCAUUAAAGAAGACAAUAAUAAAAGACGAUUUGAUGCGAGAAAAUACUGCAGACAUGAGAUUAUCACUCGAAGCGAAUCGUUAUAAAUGGUUGGCGAAGAAGCAGUUGGAGGAGGAGAUCAUGUAUUCGCCGGAGCGGUGGCACAAACAGGACCAACAGGAGGACCCCCUGUUUACCACGAUCGAAAUCUAUGAGCUGCCCGGUGCCAACGCUUACAUGGGUUUGGCCAGCAAUCGUACGGUUGUCCACAAAGCGCCCGAAGAGCCCAAACCAACGCCACCCGCGAAGACACAGACGUUGAAGAAUAACGUGAAAGUGUCGGACAAUUCACGACAUAAUUAUUAUUUUAAAAAUGUUUUAAAUAGACGUGAAUUCAAAACGAGAGAUUAGUUUUGAUAGUAAAG